AUGGCAUCGAUGGCACCAAGGACAAAACUCAGCAAGCGACAAGUCUCGGGCCACGUCGGCACGGCUAAUGAGCCCACAAAGACGUCAAAGGCCACCGCGAAAACUGUGACAUGGCAGGAGAUUUCUGAAUGGCAUUUCGACAACAAGUAUAUCGUCGGUGGCUAUCGACGAGAGAAAGCAGACUAUCUAAAGAUCCUCGCAAGCCUCACUUUCUUGCAUAAUGAGACAUGCAAUAUAUACACUCACCUGAUCGGGGCCAUCCUUCUUCCACCCAUCGCUGCCAUCUUCCUGCGUUACCUCGGCCGUCCUCAAUUUCUCAAUGUCUCGACCAUGGACUACGCUGUCUUUGGCAUCUACUUCUGGAGUGCUGAGAUCUGUUUGAUUUUAAGCACACUUUAUCACUUGAUGCUAUCCCACUCACAUCAUAUUGAACGCUUCUGGCAGGGAAUGGAUUUGCUUGGUAUUGUCAUCGUGACGGUGGGCACAUUCUUUUCUGGAAUUUACUAUGUGAUUUUCUGUGAAGCGAGCUUACAAAAGCUGCACUGGGCCAUUAUUUUCACCAUUGGUACUAUUGUCGGUACUCUAACUUCGAAUCCUUUGCUCAGAACGCCGCGUUGGCGAAAAGUGAAAGUGGGCACCUUCGUUGUUUUUGGCGCUUCAUCCUGCAUCCCCCUGCUCCAUGGUUUGCUGCGAUACGGGCUCAAAUACAUGCUCGGGUAUGCCGGAUUGAAAUGGUAUCUGAUCGAGCUUGCGUUCUAUGGCGCCGGGGUUGGACUAUACGCGUUCCGAAUCCCGGAGCGUUUGGCACCGGGUACAUUUGACAUUUGGGGGAACUCGCACCAGAUCUUUCAUGUUGCUAUUUUAUGUGCCAUGUGCACCCACACUAUCGCUCUCUUGCAAGGCUUUCAGACCAGCCACACGCUCGACGUGUGCCGACUUCAAGGGGUUAGUGGAGCUAACUGA